UUCCGUUUAAUUUUGUCUGGACUGACGGACGAACAAUAUUAUUCCGUUUAGUUUUGUUUCGCAGACAAUCUAAUAGCCUAAUUUUUAUUAUUUGUUUAUGUGGUGAAAUAUGUGGUCACUAUUUAUAAUUUCUUAAUAUAAACAUUUUUAUUAACAACACACUGAUUUCUUGAAACAAAAAUGAGCUCUUCAAAAGUAAUUAUAUUGAUGGGAGUGUCUGGUUGUGGAAAGACAACAGUCGGUAAAGCUUUAGCAGAAAAAUUAAAUAUUGAUUUUAUUGAUGCUGAUGAGUAUCAUUCAGUGGAAUCUGUCAAAAAAAUGCUUGCUGGGGAACCUUUAGUUGAUAAGGAUCGUGAGAUAUGGUUAAGUGUUCUUACAGACAUUAUUAUCAGAAAAAUGCUGGAAAAAUCUUCGUUUGUACUUGCUUGCUCUGCUCUCAAGAAAAAAUACCGUCAACAACUGAAAGUAUCUGAAGCUGUUCGAUUCAUUCAUCUCGCCGGUAGCAAAGACGUGAUCAGAGAAAGAAUGUUACUAAGGAAGCACUUGUUUAUGUCUCCUACGUUGCUUGAUUCUCAAUUUGCAUGUUUAGAAGUGCCGUCUGAAGAUGAAUGUUUAACAAUAAAUGUAGAUUUAAGUGUACAAGAUAUCGUUCAAACUAUUAUUCACUCACAUUUUGCGGACUAAAUUGAAACUUUUAAAGAAAUUGGUUGACUAAUUAAAAAACUCUCGUAAGUUCUGACAAA